AUGGAAUCCAGUUUGGGAGGGUUCGGAAGGCAAUUUCGGGAUGAGCAUGACGAUGUCGAUAUGAAUGAUGAAACAGGAGGUGAAGUGCAACAAUUGGCGUAUACUGCUAUUUUAGAGCAAAGUUAUGGGUUAAUUCUAAGAGAAAAAAGUACUAUGGAGGUUGCUUUGAAGGAUGGUUUGGAAAAGUUCCUUAAUAGUGUGGUGUUGAAAGAGUGGAUGGAAAAGAUGAAUGAGCUUUUUAGGGAAGUGCAUGAAGGCGCAAACAACAAAAAAGUGAAUGAGCCGGAGGGUUAUAAUGAGUUAAAUAUGAAUGAUAUGGUUGAUGGCUAUGGAGGAAACAGUUCACUUGUUAGAGGAUUGGUAAUUAAUGAAGUUAAUGUAGAGAAAGAUGUAAAUUAUAAUACACAUACCAAUGCUUUAACAAUGAGCCAGUUUCAUCGACUUUCGGGGGUGAAUGAUGAAAUGAUUAAGUUGUUGGAAGAAACUGAGUUACAGGUGCAUAGAAGGAAACAGCUAACGUCGGGAUUCAGUGGGGAUUAUGUGGUUGAAAGAAAUUUAGGAGAAGUUGUUGAUAAUGCUGCAAAAGAUGUUGAUAAUGACAAAAGGGAAAAAUGUAUCCCUAAAAAGGCAAAAAUAUUUCAUUCCCAGUAUAUUAAAAUAAUUUUUAAGGUUGGGGAUAAAUUGACUAAGGAUGAAACAGAAAUAUGCAAUUUAGUUUUUGCAUCUAAUAGAGGUGAUUGGUAA